GCGCGGUUGCAUUUCAACUAUAAUGAAAUUAUUUCUUUUGUGCGGCAGUCUGAUGUAUAAUAGCUACUCAGUAGUUUUUGUUUUAAUGUAAAAUAUAUGAAUUGUAAAUAGCUAUAAAGCUCGCGCGUGCGCGUAGAAUAUGUCUAUCUGCAGUUUGUAUAUAGCUUGCACGCGUAAGAUAUGUUUGUCUGUACGCUUUCGAUGCAGCCACGCCAAGUUUUCUUGCAUUAAAUAUUUUUUAUAUUUUGAAAAAAGUUUUUCUUAUGUUACAUCUCUGUGUUCUAGUAAUAAAUAUAAUCUUAUCAAAGUACAUAGCCUUAAAUAUCUCGACAUAGCGGAUAAUUGUUAUAUGAAGUUAAAAUUGGAAAGUAUCAAAAGAGCUUCUGUGCCACAAAGACAAGUUCAACAGUUAGAUAGAGUUGUGCAAAAUUUCAAGCCUGUAUCAGAUCACAAACAUAAUAUUGAAUAUGCUGAAAAGAAGAAAGCAGAAGGAAAAAAGAUGAGAGAUGAUAAGGAUGCUGUACUAGAUAUGCUUUUUGUUGCAUUUGAGAAACAUCAGUAUUAUAAUAUAAGGGACCUUGUUAAGAUCACAAGACAACCUAUUGUCUAUUUGAAAGAAAUCCUUAAUGAAGUUUGCAAUUAUAAUUUAAAAAAUCCGCAUAGAAACAUGUGGGAAUUGAAACCAGAAUAUCGACAUUAUAAAGACGAGGAAAAAUCUGGAGAGAACAUUUCAAAGAAAGGCAAUGAAUCAGAAGAUGAUUGACUAUUUUCUUAUAUGUGUAUAUACAUACAUACAUACAUACAUACAUACAUACAUACAUACAUACAUACAUACAUAUAUAUAUAUAUAUUUACACAAUUUUAUUUAUCAAUACAAAUGUAUUUACUAUUUCUCACUAUACUAACAUAAAUAAAGCCAACAGAUAGUGUGUGUGUAAUAUAUACUACAAUUAAAAAAUAUA